AUGGUGCAUCCCUCCAUCGCCCAAGUCGCGUCAGAUCGAUCUGAGCAACUGUUAUUCGUCGCUGUCCUCGUCAAUGUUGCUUGGUCUGGCUGGCUAUGCAGCCAAAGUAUUCUUUCUGCGGAUCGAUUCUGGGAUAGGAGUUCUCGGAGUAGAGAAUUGAUUCUCCCGUUCGCGUUGACGAGUUCCUUCCUCUUCACUUCUGCUGCUGAAAGCGUCACUUUUCUGCUGCUCAUAACUACAUCUAUACUUGUGGCAUCUGUCGGCGCAGAGGAUUCCAGCAUCCAUUGGUGGGAGAGUUCAUUUUUUAUCUGCUUGUUGUUCCAAACCCUGACAGGGCUACUGCUGCAACUAUCACUCGUUUCCAGAUUGAAAGAUUUCGCGAAUACGUUGCCGGACCUCAGCAACUUCUUUAUCUGGACUCACCAGGCUGUCCAUACCGGCAUCAACGUCUUGUUUAGUGUCGCUAUAUGUACACAGUCACUCGUUGUGCUACGCGACUUAUUUGCGUUCUCAUUCCUGCCACUGGGAGUAGAGCUGGGCCUGCUUUUUAGUAGUGCCAUCAGUCCAAAGGCGUACAUGUACACAUUCAAUACUUGCAUAAAUAGCCGACAAUGUAAUCGCUUGAUGAAAGGAAUGUACGCCAGUGGCUUCGCUGGGAAUAUGUUUUUGAUCGCCAAUGCUAUUUGGUUUACAAUCAACCCUUCCAGUAUACAACCUCUCGUCCAUAUUGUCCUAUCGAAAGGAUACAUGUCGGCGCUUGUGUAUCUGCUAGGUAUCAGCGAUAGAAGUGGCCUGACAAGCGACAGUUGUUGGUGCGCUUUGAAAUACCCUGCUAUUAACACGUAUCAAGACACGUCUGAGACUGGAUCCAAUAAACGUACCCAGGUGCGCACUUUUGACCUUUCUUUGUAUGGAGUUCUAGAGAUCACAUCACGGACAUAUAGACAACUGUACCGCUCGUUUAAUGUCAUAAAUUACAAGCCAGGAUACUUGGGCAUCUUGCAACGGGAACUGGACUAUACCGUUUGUUUGGCGCCAACAAACAGUCCCGAAGACGCACUCAUUUUCAGCGGCCCCGACCAACUAGAUCUUGAUUUACGUUAA